AUGGCAGCUGCUAGUGAAGAAGAAAUAUUAGAGGGAUUUUUAUGUCCCAUUUGUAAGGCUGAUCUUAAAUCAGCAAGUCAACUUACAACUCACUUUGAAAGCCUGCAUCAAGAAGAACAGGAUAUUCUUAAAUCUUUAAAAGAAAUUUUCGGCAAAGCUCGAAAGAUUAUUUUGAAUAAUGAUGAUACGGACUUGACUGAAACAUUCGAUCGCGCUUUAAAAUUUAAUUCUCAAGAAUACAACUAUCCUUUGGAAGAGCAGACGAUAGGCGGAUCUCGAAGUUCAACAGAUUAUUUCAAGGCUGUGCGGUCUGCGAGACUGGAGAGAUAUGCUACUGAGACUAAUAAAUUGUUGAUCAGACUAGAUAAAUUAGUGUGUAAUAUGCCAAGUGACCCAAACCAAAGAAAACAACAUGAACAGGAAGUUGUACCGUGGCUUGAUGGUUCAUCAGUAAAACUCUGUCCAAAUUGUGCUAAGGCAUUUAAUUUAACAAGACGGAAGCAUCAUUGUAGGCUUUGUGGAUCCAUUCUUUGUCAUGACUGCUCCAUAUUCCUAGACUUAAACAUAGCAAAAACUAUAGUAGAUCCGUCCGCACCUUCUACAUCACAAGCUGAAGAAGUGAAUGAGAAGAAUGGCCUCCGUCUUUGUGAACAUUGCUAUAAUCUCAUUGAAUUGAGGAAACAAGUGCAAGAGAAUAGAAAUGCUAAAACCACUCUUAUGACUGCAUAUGAACAGAUGCGGAGUUUGAUGGAUCAAGCUCAGCCCGCUGUGGCUAUGUAUGAAAAGAUGUGUCAAAGUCUAUUCGACGGUGAAACCACCUAUAAUUUGCAAGAUGUAAACGCAAUGCGAGGACGCAUCGGCAAAUUAGCUGAGGGUAUAGAUCUAUUGAGCAAACAGAUUAUAGCACUGCCGGCGGAACCUAACACGAGGCAGGCCAAACUUCAGAAUGCUAUAAGACAAGCCGCUGCUCAAUAUAUAAAGGAAGAUCUCUUAUCUCUCCGUAAAUUACCGACCGAAGCCCAAAUAGAAGAAGUACGGAAACAAAGAUACGAGCGUGCCCAGAAGCAGAUACAGAUCGAGAGAGAGAAAACGGAGAGAGAUAGACUGUGGAGAGAUGACGUGGGAGAGAGACGGAAAGAUGAGGGAGAGAGUAGCAGAACACAUCACGAUGAGGACAAUCCUAUAUUGGAACAGAUGAAUAUUAUUAGAGGUUAUAUAAAGGAAGCUCGGAAAGAGCUGAGGUUUGAAGAGGCUUGGAUUCCGGCGUCAGAAUCGCAACGUUUUGCGAUCGCUGGUGGCGAUACUAGAAACCAAUCUGAAGGAACUAAAGAAAGAAUAUCAGCUUCAAAUGCUCUCAAAACCCUAGUCAUUUCUAUAAGAAAUAAAUUUAAUUUAUAUUUA